AUGGCAUCACUGUACAAUAAGGAACUGCGUGCGGCACCUCACAGCUGGCCUGCUGACUAUACUGUAUGGCCGGAACCUUGCCUUGUAUUUUCUGAGUUGCAAGAUCUACAAAGCCCUCGCGACACCAAAUUUUCGAGCAAUUAUGCAGAUCCUGCGUAUGGCGGCGAGAGGCAGUAUCAGAAUACAUAUGAUGACGACGAGCUGCAUGCCGUCAAAUGUCAAAAAUCUGAUGAACACUCGCAAGCCGAGUCCCGCCCCUCACCGCCAGAUUGUCAAUAUGACCAAAACACACUGGUUCAAGACAAGUGCAAGACGAAUGCGCAGAAAAGAAAAGUACAGAAUCGCCUAGCCCAGAGAGCAUAUCGAGAACGCAAAGAAAAUUACAUACAAAACUUACUUAAGCAAAUUGACGAGAUUAAUCAGCAACAUAUGCGUCUCAUCGAAAAUUACCGGGCUGCAAAAGAAAAUAUUAUAUGCCUUCAGAUCCAGGUGGAGGAUCUCCAAAGAAAAUUUGAUGUGUGGAACAACACUAAGUUGCUCGUUUUGAAGGUUGGGACCGCACGUCUCUAA